AUGCCCAAACUUGCAAAUAUUAAAAAACUACAGAAAGAAAGAGCUGAGGUAGCUCGUUCUGCACUUGCAAAUUAUGUUGACCUUGAUUCAAGCAAAGAGUAUAUUGAUUCUAGUAGUAAUUCUGAUGAAAGUUCGAAUGAGAAUUUUGAGCUAAAUGACUAUGACCAAGCGAAUUCAAUCAUCGAAAAAAAUAAAGCAUUUAAAGAAGCAGCAAAAGGAAGUUUAAAAAUUUCACAUUUUUUUAACAAUCAACUUUCGAUUACUGAUCAUGAAGAAGAUGCUGAGGACUUUCAAAGUCAAGAAUAUCAGAAUGAGGAAAACUUGAAUAAAGAAUUGGAUGGAAACUUGAGUGAAGAAUUAGAUGAAGAAACAAAAAAAAUCCAUAGUGCAAUUGAGUUUAUCGACAAUGUAAUGAGAGAAGAAACACUUUUCAAAACCGAAGAGGCACAUUACACAGCGGUGAUCUACUUCUAUAGAUUGUUUCUAAAAGGUCAAAAAAAAAUGAAUGCAGCUAAAGCAGUUUCUGAUGUGAUUGAUGAUGGGCCAUGGCUUGCUAAGUGUAAGUUUAACGUAGAUCUCAUUAUGGUUAAGGACUAUUUUGAACAAACCAUUCUUCCUCAUUUGAACAUUAAGUCUGUGCAAUGCAUUUCAGUUCAUACUGUCCAGAGAUGGAUGCACAAACUUGGAUUCCGUUACCAGCGUUACAAAAAAGGUGUAUAUAUCAAUGGACAUGAACAUCUUGACAUUGUCGAAUAUCGUCAAACAUUUUUUCAAGAGGUUGUUCAGCUUGAACAACUUAUGUCUAAGUGGGUUAAUCCAGAAUGUAGGAUAAGAACCUACCCAGAUUUGGAAAGUAGUGAAAAGGAGCACGUUUGGAUAACCCACGAUGAAACUACCUUCUAUACCUAUGAUAGUCCACAUUCUGUAUGGGGCCCGAAAAAAGAGCAGCCACUACAAAAAAAAGGAUUAGGUUCUGCUAUCCACAUAAGUGAUUUUUUGACAGAAACUAUUGGGUCACUUAAAGACGACCAAGAAGAAGCACAUAUAGUUAUUGGGAUUCCAAAAAACUUUUCAAGCAAGUUAGAAAGACAGUUAGCAUUUUUGAAUGGAGCUUUUUCUGAAGACGCUCUUGUGACUUCAAAAAUAAACCUUGGACUGGGUGGAUUAGUUUCAAAAAUGCAUGAUACAACGUGGAAUGGUGAUCAUCAAUCAAUGAUUAUUGAGAAUGAUCAUUUGAUUUAUGAUAAAAAAAAAAAGACAUAUGUUAAUCUGCAUGGGCAACCUAAAGAGCCAAUUCCAGAUGUUAUUGAUUGCUGUGCACAUCGGUUAAUUUCAAAUCAGCCAGAUUUUCUUGAACAACGUGGCCAAAUUCAGCAAGAAAUCAAAUCUUGUGGUCUUAAGGUUUUAUUCUAUUCUAAGUUUCACUCUGAAUUUAACUACAUAGAAAUGUACUUAGAGAUGGCUAAGAAGUACACUCGGUCCUAUUGUGAAUAUUUACUUCCAAAAACUAAAGAAUUAAUUUAUCAGGCUUUUACUUCCAUUUCUGUAGAAAAAAUCCAUUCUUUCACUAGGCUAUCUUAUAGAUGGAUGGAUGCUUAUCGGCAUGGAUUGACAGAAAAAAUGGCAGAAUAUGCUGUCAGAAAUAAUAGAAAGCAUAGAUCGAUUAACGAGGAGGUUAUGAAUCAAAUUAAUGUUUUUAAAGUAAAAGGAGUUAGCUUUAUUUAUUGUUGUCUAUACGGAUUGUAA